AAAGAAUAAAAAAAGAAAACUAGAAAAAGUCGUCUUCUCAUUCUCACCCGCCGACGGCUAUUCCAAAACUCUCCUCAGUCCACCUUCUCCCUCUUCUCCUCCACCAUCUUUCUCUCUCUCCAGAUCACACCUUUUCCUUCGUAAAUCUUCAUGUUUUUACUUCGAUUGCACAUGGAUUGCUAGCUAUAUGUGAAAUUCGCCGUCAAACGAUCGCUGUGUCGUCUCGGAGUUGGUGAUUUUGGAUUAGGAUCUAAAGUGAGAAACGCCUCUGAGUUGGAACUGAUCGGAGCAGGGUGAAGAUGUCGUUGUCAGGUAUGCGAGGUCUCUCUGUCUUCAUCUCUGACGUGCGUAAUUGCCGGAACAAAGAGCAGGAACGACUUCGCGUUGAUAAAGAGCUGGGCAAUAUCCGUACUCGUUUUAAAAAUGAAAAGGGUUUAUCGCCAUAUGAAAAGAAGAAAUAUGUUUGGAAGAUGCUCUACAUAUAUAUGCUAGGAUAUGAUGUAGAUUUUGGUCACAUGGAAGCUGUUUCCCUAAUAUCUGCACCCAAAUAUCCAGAAAAGCAAGUUGGGUAUAUAGUGACAUCAUGCUUGCUCAAUGAGAAUCAUGAUUUUUUAAGAUUAGCAAUUAAUGCAGUUCGCAAUGAUAUUAUCGGACGCAAUGAAACUUUUCAGUGCCUUGCAUUGACACUGGUGGGGAAUAUUGGUGGCAGAGAAUUUGCUGAAUCACUAGCACCUGAUGUUCAGAAGUUGCUUCUUUCAAGUAGUUGCAGACCACUAGUGAGAAAGAAAGCUGCACUAUGUCUAUUAAGACUUUUCAGGAAAAAUUCUGAUGUUGUGAAUGUAGAUGGCUGGUCAGAUAGAAUGGCACAGCUAUUAGAUGAACGUGAUCUUGGUGUAUUAACAUCAUCAAUGAGUCUUUUUGUUGCUUUAGUAGCCAACAAUCAUGAAGCAUACUCAAGUUGUCUUCCAAAAUGUGUUAAAAUUUUAGAAAGACUUGCUAGAAAUCAAGAUGUUCCUCAAGAAUACACAUACUAUGGUAUCCCUUCUCCAUGGCUUCAAGUCAAAACAAUGAGAGCCCUUCAGUAUUUCCCAACUGUUGAAGAUCCAACCACAAGAAGAGCACUCUUUGAGGUUUUACAACGGAUACUCAUGGGAACAGAUGUGGUGAAAAAUGUCAACAAGAACAAUGCUUCUCAUGCUGUGUUAUUUGAAGCUCUUGCUCUUGUCAUGCAUCUUGACUCUGAGAAAGAGAUGAUGUCACAAUGUGUGGCUCUUCUUGGAAAAUUCAUAGCUGUGCGUGAACCUAAUAUCCGGUAUUUAGGUCUGGAGAAUAUGACUCGAAUGUUGAUGGUUACAGAUGUUCAUGAGAUCAUUAAAAGACAUCAAGCACAAAUUAUCACUUCACUUAAAGAUCCUGACAUUAGUAUCAGGAGACGUUCCCUUGAUUUGCUUUAUGGCAUGUGUGAUGUCACAAACGCUAAAGACAUUGUUGAAGAAUUAUUGCAGUAUCUUGCAACAGCAGACUUUGCAAUGCGUGAAGAAUUAGCCUUAAAAGCUGCUAUCCUUGCUGAAAAAUUUGCCCCUGAUUUAUCAUGGUAUGUGGAUGUUAUACUUCAGUUGAUCGACAAAGCAGGUGAUUUUGUCAGUGAUGACAUUUGGUUUCGUGUUGUGCAAUUUGUCACAAACAAUGAAGACCUUCAGCCUUAUGCAGCAUUAAAAGCCAGAGAGUAUCUUGAUAAACCUGCCAUACAUGAGACAAUGGUGAAGGUGAGUGCUUAUCUUCUUGGGGAAUACAGCCACCUUUUGGCAAGACGCCCUGGUUGUAGUCCAAAGGAAAUUUUCAGCCUCAUACAUGAGAAGCUUCCUACUGUAUCGACACCUACAAUCUCUAUCCUUCUAACAACAUACGCAAAGAUUUUAAUGCACUCACAACCACCAGAUCCCGAAUUACAGAAUCAAAUCUGGGCAGUUUACAGCAAAUAUGAAAGUUGCAUUGAUGCUGAGAUACAACAAAGAGCAGUGGAGUAUUUUGCAUUGAGUAGGAAAGGUGAAGCUUUAAUGGAUAUAUUAGCUGAAAUGCCCAAAUUCCCAGAACGCCAGUCUUCGUUGAUUAAAAAAGCGGAAGAUACAGAUGCUGACACAGCAGAGCUAAGUGCUAUAAAGCUGAGAACACAGCAACAGGCGUCUACUGCUUUAGUGGUGACAGAUCAGCGCCCUUCAAAUGGGGCCCCACAAGCGAGUCAACUCGCUAUGGUUAUGAUCCCUACCACAAAUGAUACGGAUCAUACUCCCCCCGUUGACCAACCGUUGACCGAGUCAAACGGGGCUUUGACCGUUGUUGACCCUCAGCCCUCUGGUGAUAUCCUUGGAGAUCUUUUAAGCCCACUGGCUAUUGACGAGUCUCGAUCAGUCCAUGAUGUUGGUUCAAAUGACGCUUUAGCCCUUGCACCUAUUGAAGACCAGGAAUCUACUGUCAAGCCAAUAGGAGAUAUUGCAGAAAGAUUUCAUGCUUUAUGUCUCAAAGAUAGUGGGGUUCUAUACGAAGAUCCUUACAUUCAGAUUGGUAUUAAAGCAGAAUGGAGAAAUCACCAGGGUCGACUUGUACUUUUUUUGGGAAACAAAAAUACGGGCCCACUUGAUUCAGUACAAGCAGUGGUUUUACCUCCAUCACAUUUAAGGGUGGAGAUAUCAUUAGUCCCAGAAAUUAUACCUCCACGUGCACAGGUCCAAUGCCCACUUGAAAUUGUAAACCUCCGACCUAGUAGGGAUGUUGCUGUUCUUGACUUCUCCUACAAGUUUGGAACCCAAUUGGUUAAUAAUAGACUUCGGCUUCCAGCAGUGUUGAACAAAUUUUUCACUCCUAUUCAAGUUACCGCUGAGGAAUUUUUCCCUCAAUGGAGAUCACUAUCUGGACCUCCUUUAAAACUUCAAGAAGUGGUAAGAGGUGUGAGACCAAUGCCAUUAGGAGAAAUGGCAAAUUUGUUCAACACUUUGAGAUUGAUGGUUUGUCCUGGACUGGAUCCAAAUGCGUUUAAUUUAGUAGCAAGCACAACCUUCUAUUCAGAAAGUACACGCGCAAUGUUAUGUCUGGUCAGAAUAGAAACAGAUCCAGCUGACAGAACACAGCUCCGCAUGACAGUUGCAUCAGCGGACCCCACACUGACAUUCGAGUUGAAGGAAUUCAUCAAGGAACAUUUAGUUAACAUUCCUACACCCGCCAAGCCAUUGCCACCUCAGCAACCUCAGCCACCACCAAUUGCCACGUCAGAUCCAGGGGCUUUGCUUGCUGGUUUGCUUUAAAAAAGAUGAAAAAAUUGUAAAAUGGAUAUAUAUAAUAUACAUUUACGCCUUUGCCCUUAUCUUCCAACAAGUGGUGAAGGAAUGCAUUGAUACGGGAAUGAGCUGGCGGGGUUAAAUGAGAGGCGUAGGAUUAGAGUUGGGUUUGAUGAGGGUAUUGUGUUGGGUUUUCUUUUUUCUUAUUAUUAUAAAAAAACAAUGAGGUUGUGUUAUUAUUAGGUCAUGUUUUUCUCAUUUUUGGUGAGGGUUUAUUUGUUUAUAGAUUUUUUUUUUUCAACUAGUUUUUGGACGUUUGUUUUGAUAGAAUUUGUGAAGGCUGAACUUUGAAUAUGAUUGUAACAUUAUUAUUGCAUUUGGUUGUUGUUAAUGCAUAGAAAUAUUUGGUUGUCUCAUAAA